AUGGUGCUGCUUGAAGCUUUUGGCCUGGCCUCCAAGGAGCUCUUUGACUACAACCGGGAGAACUACAAAUUCGACCAAGAGCAGCGCUUGGAGAGGGACAUGCAAAGGGUAGAGAUGCAGAUCGAACGCUUCGACCUCUUCCGGGAGGAUAUCGAGGAUUUAGUCAAGCUGACUGUGGACAAGAUGGACAUGUAUCACAUCGUCGGCGCCCUCUUCCUGAGUUUCACCGCGCUCGUGUACUGCGAGGGCAUCAUCCAGGGGCCCCAGCCACCGUUUUUCAUGGGCCAGUAUUUCCUCACCGUCGCCGCCUCUUUUGUCUACCUCCUCUUGGCUGUCUGGCUGUCCAUGUACGCCUCCAUUGCAUCCCACAGCUUCGGCGUGCGUCUGAGGACUCGAUACGUGCGACUUCCAAUUCCCAAUCUCUCGCAGAUUCAGAGCCUCACCACGAAGCUGUCAGAUUUCGAGCAGCAGGGCAUUUCCAAGGUGAUGCGCAUUCCGUUCGGACCACAAGGGGCGCAAAAGUGGGAGCUGGAAGCAGAGCGGAAGGCAGAAGAGCAAGGGCAGCCCUCGGCCCAGUCGUCGGGGAACCAGCGCGCAGCCAUGCCGGAGGUUCGCCUGGCCGAUCAGGGAGACAUCGGAUUCGGGCGGGAGGACAUUCUCAUGCAGGCAGCUGCCAGUGUGCCCGGCAAGCACGUGGAGCUCUUCCGGAAGCUUCAGGCCAAGUGGCAGUGCUACGAUGCCUAUGCUCGAAUCUCCAUGGCGCUGGGCGUGAACCAGAUGAUCCAGUCCGUGAACUACUUCGUGGUUGGCUUCACGAUGAUUCAGACCUGCUCGCCCAGCAACGGCUAUGCAGCGACCAUCAUCUUCCAGGGCUGUACCUUCGGCCUGGCUUUCUUGGACAUCGCGGGGCUGAAGAAGUGGAAGAUUUUCGCCCUUCAGAUCGUCGGCGCCAUGCCCAUGGUGAUCCUGGUUGCCAUGCUCACGGUGGCCAACAGAGGGCGGUCGGGCAGCGAGUCCAUCGCCCUGCUGUCGUCUGCCUUCUACGCCUCCCCCCUUUGUGCCUUCCUGGAGGCGAUCUGGCUGGAGCUUUUCAUGAUGACGGCCAAGCCCACCGACGACGAAGCCUCCCUGCCUCGGAAGUUCCGCACGGUGCUCUUCCUGGAUGUCUUCGGCGAUGCCGCCUUUGAUCCCACCGAAGCCGAGCAUGCGGCGGUGACUGCUGGUGUGGACGGGAAGAUGGAGGAGCUGCGGGAUGACGCCGCAAAGCGGGAGGCGUAG